AUGGGCUCUUACUCGAGCGAUCUAAGUGCUUACCAUUACGAUAUACAAUUCAACCCCACAGCUCAACAUGGCAACGUUGAUGGACUGUCACGCUUCCCUCUUCCUAGUGUAAGCGGGGAAGAGGAAAUGCAUGAAGCUGCUGUAACCCAUAUCAUCAACCUCAAACAGAUCAGCAAGUUACCUAUUACAGCAGCAAGGCGGAAGGAAUUUACUACAAGUGAUUCUGUUUUGAGCAAGAUGAAUGAUGGAGUAAAACAGAUCACCAUUGCUCCACAUCACCCAUCUACUAAUGCCGAGGCCGAACGGUUUGUUCAAAGGCUAAAAAAUGCCUCGAAAGCUCACCAACGUGAUGAGAAAACUCUGUACCAAAAGUUGUCUCGGUUUCUGUUGAACUAUCGCAUCAUCAUUCAUUCCACUAUUGGUAUAUCAUCAUCAGAGCUGUUCUUGUCAAGACUUCUUCGGACACGACUAGACUUCCUUCAUUCUAGCAUCAAGAAGACGGUCCAUGAGAAGCAAGCACAACAACAAAAGUACCAUGAUGCUCAUUGUAAGGCUAGAGUUUUUGAAGUGGGACAGUCUGUAUUAAAUUGGCAAGGAACUACUAUGGUAGUGAAAAGUGGUGCUACGGAAGAGUCUUAG